AUGGACCCCUUCCUGAUCGAACUCACGAACCAACUUUCGAUCCUUUUAAAGACACUCUGGUUGAGAUUCAACACUCAAUCGUUCAAGUUAUUCUGGACUGAGAAGAUGCGUUUGGUUUGGAGCACCUUCGUGUUCGGAGUGUCUGUCCUUGUGGCUAGCUCUCAAGCUCAAGCCCAAUGCCCUGAUUACACCAGUUACUCGCAAACUCCUCAUGACCCGCGCUCAAGUGGAGUGCUGUCCUUGCCCUACAUGAGGCCUGCACCGGCGUGUCGCACGUUCAACAGUAGUGCAGUCGAAAAAGUUAUCACAGAUAUGAAGUCCUUGCUGAAGGAUCCUGACUUGGCAAGGUUGUUUGAGAACACAUUUCCCAACACACUUGACACGACUGUAAAAUAUUACAACAAGGCGGAGAAUCUCGCGUUUAUUAUUACUGGGGAUAUAACUGCACAAUGGCUUCGCGACACCGCCAAUCAGUUUGCCCACUAUCACUCAUUGCUAGGUGUUGACUCUGAAUUGGCCGCCCUCGUUAAAGCAGUUAUCAAUAAUGAAGCGCGCUAUGUGGCCGAAUAUCCUUACUGUGGUGCAUUCCAGCCGCCCCCAGAGAGUGGCCUCGUGCCUACCGUUAACGAUUGGGCUACAGGUGUCACCGUUAAUCCACCGGUCAACAAUCAGACCGUGUUCGAGUGCAAGUAUGAACUCGAUUCUCUUUGCGGAUUCCUCAAGCUUUCCAGGUCGUACUAUCAAGCGACAAAGGACACUUCUUUCAUGAACAAGAACUGGAGAGCGGCCAUUGACCAGAUCUUCCGCGUAAUUAACGAGCAAUCUCAAUCCUCUUUCGACGAAAAUUUCAACUUUAUCUCGUAUUACAAUUGGACUGGUGGAGCUGGUGCGCUGUCUCCAAGGGUCAACAACCGAGGCAAUGGCGAACCCAAAGCGUAUACUGGGCUUGUUGGGACACACCAUCGGCCGUCAGACGACCUGAGUAUUUUCGCAUUUCUGACGCCCGCCAACGCCAUGUUGAGCGUGGAAUUGACCCAUCUUGCGGAAAUUCUUGACGACACAAAGCAGCUUCAAAAUGUCAGCCAGUCAGCCAAACAGUGGAGCGCAAGAAUUCGCGACGCGAUCUAUAAAACCACUGUCAUGGACAACAUCUUUGCAUACGAGACGAAUGGAUUAGGCAGUCGAUAUGUCAUGGACGACGCCAAUGUUCCGUCCUUACUUUCGCUCCCUUAUCUAGGGUUCCUUGACAAGCACCAUCCGGCGUAUGUGGCAACCCGAAAGCUACUUUUGUCUCGCAAGAAUCCUUAUUACGCGGCCGGCAAGACCUUUAACGGUGUUGGAGGACCACACGUUGACCCAUGGCAUCCUUGGCCCAUGUCACACAUUUCAGCGAUUUUCGGAUCGGACAAUGACCAAGAGAUCCUCCUGUCUCUCUACAUUAUUGCUAAUAAUACCAAUGGUCUAGGUUUGAUCCAUGAGUCCCAGUCUAUAUAUGAUCCUACCUCGUAUACCCGCAGUUGGUUUGCGUGGGCCAAUAGUUACUUCGCGGAGAUGAUACUGGAUCUUGCCGACAGAAAACCGGGCCUUAUCUUGAAAAGUAAUAAUAGUUACAAACCGGGCCAAUGA